ACUGCACUCCACCAUCUUUCCCCAUUAUCGUGCUCAACCCGCUCAACAAGCCCCUUCCCCCCUCACUUGGAAAAUACCUGUACUGCCCCGCCGCCCCCCUCUCCCAUCCGUUUAAAAGCAUCGGUGUCCUGCCGAACGUUCUUCAGUGUAGUGCACUCCCCUUUCCCUCUAUUUCCGCUUCAGCUUCGAAAUGGCAACCUACGGUGGCACCGGCGGGUAUACGAGCUAUGGUGGAUCAUAUGAUAGUGGGACGGCUAGACAGGAUAUGCUUCCAUUCUUUGUAUCCGGAGAAGGCAUAAAGCGACAAGUAAUUCAAACCGAUUUGCCUCGGUACCUAGGGAAUAAUGCUUAUUCGAGACCGGGGAAGAGCCGGCAGGUACCUAGUUUCUAUCCUCUACAUCCAAUGUUCCCAGUUGACUGACUUGUUUUUCAGGGAGUCGAUGGCUACUGGUACACCGCUUACAGGCCUCUAACAGAUGUACGAACUACUCCCUCUGGCCAUCUAGACAAGAUUUAUAUAUAUCUAACUGUAUUCUAUAUAGGCCCAGAUUAACUCGUUGAAGAUGGACUCGCAAAGGUGGAGCCGCGAGCGUGAGCUCAUGUCCCACAACUUCCCGGGCCAUGAACCACCAGGUAAGCGUUCCUCGCCCCCCAAGUUUUAUCUUCAGACACACCAUUUUCUCGAAUUAGAAGAUUUUGAUUUUCUGGGACAGGCUAUGAACGAUCUGCCACUUUCAAGGACAGUCUGCGGACCAACACAGACGGGAACAACCCUAAUCACCCGUACCCCUCUUUUCCCGAAAAUCAGACCCAAAACCCCGCAGCUCUUCCCUCCUAUGGUACUGGGCCGACGCCUUCUUACAGUCAUUACCCCGCCACUCCCUAUGGUGGGCAGCCGGCUCCCCCGGUUGCUGGAAUGACGCUUGCUCCGCCUAAUAAUCGUAACCGCUAUGAGUACAUGCCCCCGCCGGAUAACCGACCAUGGUACGAUCAUGAGCUAAAGCAAUACGUACCACCCUUUAAUCCCCCAGAGGACGCCUCAUCCGCGGUGCCCAGGUCGCAAAACCGUGACGAUCCCCCGGAUCCUAACGCUGGCCAGGAACCAGGGUUCUAUGGACAAGCCCCCUACCACCCACGAAAUUAAGACCUCUGAAGAGACUUGACAAGCCACGAGGUGUUUUUUUUUAUCGUGACCCAAAGGCCUUUGGACAAACAAAAGUUACACUACCCAAGUUGGCAAUUUCCAUGAUUCAGCUCAGUCAACUUUGAGGGGCUACCUUCAUUUUUAUAACCCUACUUUCUCUUUUUUUUUCUUUUUCUUUUUAAUUCCUACCUGGCCCGGCUGGGGGGGGGAGUAUUUACUUUUAUUCACCAAUUUUCUGGCGAUGCCGGACUUCCACCUCAGCGAACCCGCUCCCCCUAGCUCCAAGCAGAUGAUAUCACUAGAGGUUCGGACCCGGGUUUGCCCCAGGAGAAAUUUUACCAUGAAUGCCAUUCCCGGAUCGGCUAUCCCUGGAAUCCAGGCCCAGGAGCUUCCCAUUCCGUUUCGGGACCGUCCAUGAACCCUAGGGUGCCCUAAAUUUCCUUUGCCAUACUAUUUUGAAUAUCUAGUUGGUCUACUCUCAUUUGGCCAGUCCUUUUUUCCUGGAUGAUGGACUCAAUCUCCCUCAGCCAUUUCUCUCUCUUCCUACUUCUCAAGGUACCAAUUCUUGGCUGCUUUGUUAAGCCGCGGAGAGGUUAUGUACGACGAAGUGGAUAAAGCUGGCGAGGCUAUGCACGAUGGAGCAGAUGAAGCCAGCCUUCUUCAGUGCUUUUUUUGCAGGCGUGAAGUUGUGGACAGGUCGAGGAUAUGGACUUGUGUUUUCUUUUAUACGAUACAUAUCCUCUUUGUUUAGGCUCCCAAGGUUUCCAUUGAGGUCUGUUUCUGUUUUACUUUUUUGGGAUGGCCACUUUGUUCCGGACUUUCCUCCCAUCCAGUUGAGGAAAGGAAUCGCUAUCGCACAGGUUUCAAUGAAGGUCAAGUCGCUAGCUGUAUUUAAACUAGGAUAUUCUGGCACCUUGUUUCCUUUUUGUCAUAUUUCGUCGUCCAUGGUUUCAGGUGGGGCUUUAUUACUGUCGCCAUUAUCAUCAUGUCUUUUAUGAAUGCUUUACAACCUGUACUUUUUAUCUCAUUUUCAUCCUUUUUUAUUUAUGGAAAAUUCCUCAAACUUGUGGUUUUGUACGCUUCAAAUAUAACACCUGCUGUGGGGUGGUGGUGGUGCCUGUGGCUUGUCUUACUCCUGGACCGGAUUGUGCGCUGCCACCCAUUUUGCUCACUCACUCACCUGCCUUCCUGAUUGCUUGCUCACUAGCCCGACUUCUUGCUAUCUACACAUGAGUGGCUAGACGGAGGGGGCGGAAGGACCUUUAUCAUGGCCUAUAUCCAUGAGUACGAAUACCGGGGAGGUGUUUCCAUACGGGGCGGGGAUGGUGAACCAGCAGAAUAAUCCCUGCCCUGUACGAAAACAUCUUGUGCUUUGGGGAGAUAGAUGGCGAAGGAAGGAAAGAGCUGGAUCCGAUCCCGUAAUCGUUCUUUCAAAAAAAAUUCUGUAUAGAGUAACAGAGGCAGUAGCGGUAGUGGCAGCGGUAGCCCUACCCUACCCAAUACAACGAUUAUUCCAGAAGAAAAGGGUUCAAAAACAGCCAAAAAUGGAAUGAAAAAAAAAAUGAAAAAAAGAGAAGAGAAUCAAAUUCGCUGAAAGUUACAUAAACCUGCCCCGUUACAAUCCGUCCGCCAAUAAAACCGCACCUCCGAGCCAAACCGAAAGAGAAAAGAAAUAGAAGGAAGGAAACGUAGGCGAGCCAACGCGCAUGCAAUAUAAAUGAAGGAAACGAGGGGGGGAGAAAUGAAGAUGGAAGAAUGGAAAAAAAUAAAAGGGAGGUGUAAUGGUGUAAACGAGAAGCGAAGAAAACCCGAAUUUAAGUGGAAGAAGCACUAAUGGGAGCUCCCCGGCCGAGAAGGAACGAACGCCGGUGGAGGAGGACGGACCAGCAAUUGGUAGGAGGAAAAAGACUUCCCGCCCUCCCGCUGACCCCCCCCCCCCAGGUCCGGGGGAGUGGGGGUUGUUACUCAGAUCGCGAUGUUUCGUUGGUGGGUUGGGUAUAUAAUCGGACGACGAAGGGGCUGUACGGUUAGGUAAACGGUGUGAAGGAGAAGAAGGGAACGAAAAACAUAUUCAUCCAGCCAAAACAGUAAACGUGAAGCGUAAGAGUGAGAAAUGUAUAAAUCCCC